GUGACCCUGUCCAGCAUGGCCAAAUGCACACUGCCUCUGCUGUUGGUGGUGUGGGUGCUGGCUGGGGAGCUCUGGCUGGGGGCCCAGGCCCGGGCAGCACCCUACGGAGUGAAGCUUUGCGGUCGUGAAUUCAUCCGAGCAGUCAUCUUCACCUGCGGGGGCUCCCGGUGGAGACGAUCGGACAUCCUGGCCCACGACGCUAUGGGGGAUGCCUUCCCAGGUGCAAAUGCCAACACGGACAGCCUAGCAGGCGAGCUGGAUGAGACUGUGGGCUCUAGCGAGUGGGUGGCCCUGACCAAGUCUCCCCAGGCCUUUUACGGGGGCCGACCCAGCUGGCAGGAAACUCCAGGGGCUCUUCGGGGCAGCCGAGAUGUCCUGGCUGGCCUUUCCAGCAACUGCUGCAAGUGGGGGUGCAGCAAGAGUGAAAUCAGCAGCCUCUGCUAGUUCCUGGGCUGGACAACUGUG